ACAUGUGCCUUGUUGAUAGUAAAAAAAAACUAAGUUGUUUAACAUUUUGUCCAAAAUUAGGAGAAAAAAUAGAUGAACAUAUAUUAAAACAAAGCAAACUCGAAGGGGAGACUUUGCAACAGCUAUUAGCACUUGAAAAGGAAUUUCGUGAACACAAUGCAGUAAUAAAAAACGAGCUACUAACUCAGAAAGAAUUAAUCUCUAGGAUGUGGGUGUUAUCACAGAGAUAUAUUCUAAUUACAAGCACUGGAACUUGUUGCAAAUUUCCAGAAAUAUUUGCCGGGCCAGCCGAAGAAAUCAUAUUGCAAGAAUAUUGUGAAAAACUUAAAGCUCUUAAAACCUCGAACUGCCGCAUAUCAGUUUCUUUAAAAGAUUUAAGAACAUCUUGUCGUUUAUUUGAAACCCUGUGCUCCCAAUUGGAUAUGAAUCUUCAAACACCAUUCAUAAUUGGAGAUGCCUAUCAUAAACCUUUAGCAUUUUUUAUUGAACUAGUUAGUGAUUUGUUUAAAUACUUUCAUGCAUGGUUAUUGAAAUUGAAGUACAAUUCACAACUACUAGACCCUUAUAAAGCCGAGGGAAUGGAACACUAUAAGACUUUGAUAGAACCCUCCGAAGAGUUCGAGGAAUAUCUUAAUAUGGGCCUAACAUACUGUAAAUGCCUUAAGCCAAAAGCUGCUUGUUGAAAAAAAAAUAUAUACACAGUUUUUUGUUGGAAAGCAAAAAACUAAGUGUACCCAAA